GACAAAAACUGUCAUGCUGAAAAUAAUCAUCGAUUUCUCCCAUGGCGUCCUUAUUAUCCCCAGGACUUCACUCUCCUCCUCCUUCCUCCCGGCCAAUUACAUUACGCCACCUGUUUCCUUAUCCUUCCCGCCUCCAGCUUUCUUUAACCACCGCCAUAAGCAAAACUAAUUUGAAGCGACAAAUAAAAGUCAAUUCACAGCUGAGGUAUCCAAUAAUUUCCCCAGACGACCACUGGGGCACGUGGACUGCUCUCUUUGCUACCGGAGCUUUUGGUAUCUGGUCGGAGAAGAAGACUAAAAUAGGGAGUAUUGUGAGUGCGGCAUUGGUGAGCACAUUGGUUGGGCUUGCAGCGAGUAAUACUGGAAUAAUUCCUUAUGAAACGGCAGCGUAUUCAGUUGUUUUGGAGUUUCUGUUACCGUUAUCGGUUCCUUUGCUUUUAUUCAGAGCUGAUUUGCGUAAUGUGUUUCGUUCCACUGGGACAUUGCUUCUGGCUUUCUUGCUCGGUUCAGUUGCAACCGUUAUUGGCACUACAGUUGCUUUUAUGAUGGUACCUAUGCAAUCACUUGGCCCAGAUAAUUGGAAAAUUGCUGCUGCCCUUAUGGGUAGUUAUAUUGGGGGAUCUGUUAAUUAUGUUGCCAUUUCGGAAGCACUCGGUACAUCUGCAUCUGUGGUGGCUGCUGGUAUCGCUGCAGACAAUGUUAUUUGCGCAAUUUAUUUUAUGGCGUUAUUUGCAUUGGCCUCUAAAAUUCCGCCUGAAGCCUCGGCAUCUACUACUGAGCUCUUGACAGGUAUUCCAGUAGAAUUAGAAUUGGAGUCAAAUUUUACAAGAAACGUCUCUGUGCUUGAUACAGCAACAGCACUUGCUAUCUCUUUUACGAUAUGUAAGAUUGCUACAAGUCUCGCACAUUGCUUCGAGGUUCAAGGAGGCAGCAUUCCAGCCGUAACAGCUAUUGUUGUCGUUUUAGCAACUGCAUUUCCAACACAAUUUGGUCGUCUUGCUCCUGCUGGCAAUAUGAUUGCGCUGGUUCUGAUGCAGGUAUUUUUUGCUGUGUUGGGUGCUAGUGGAAGCAUAUGGAAUGUCAUGAAAACAGCACCUAGUAUUUUCUUGUUUGCUCUAGUUCAAGUAACUGUGCAUCUUGCAGUGAUGCUUGGAUUUGGAAAACUGUUACGUUUCGAUUUGAAGUUAUUACUUCUGGCAUCAAAUGCUAAUAUCGGUGGUCCUACAACAGCAUGCGGAAUGGCGACUGCGAAAGGAUGGAACUCUUUGGUUGUCCCCGCGAUUCUUGCAGGCAUUUUUGGAAUUUCUAUUGCUACUUUUCUUGGAAUUGCUUUCGGAAUGAUGUUCCUUCAAUAUUUGUAAACUUUAUCAGCAUCCGAUCACUUUCAGUUGGUGAUAAACUUUUUACUUGAGAUAAUUAUAAAUUAUUGUUAUAAAUUUUCUCUUGAUAA